UCUUCCUCUGCAAACUCCUCCGCUCAUUUCUCUCCUCGUAAAGUUUCCAACUUUUGCAGUCCCCGUCGCCGGAUCCUCCUCCUCCUCCUCCGCCGCCGCCGCAGCCGCCGCCAUGUCGCUCCGAGCCGCCGCCGCCGCCGCCUCCUUCUCCCUCCUCGGCUCCCCCGGCGACGGCCUCUCAGGGCCGCUGACCUCCCCGGCUCCCCCGGCGGGCCCGCUGGCGCUCCGGUUCCAGCCGGGCGGCGGGAACGGGGCCUCGCUGGUGGCCCGCGCGAGCAAGGAGUCGAACAGCCGGCCGCUCACCGGCGUCGUGUUCCAGCCGUUCGAGGAGGUGAAGAAGGAGCUCGACCUCGUGCCCACCGUGCCCCAGGCCUCGCUCGCGCGCCAGAAGUUCGCCGACGAGUGCGAGGCCGCCAUUAACGAGCAGAUCAAUGUGGAGUACAACGUCUCGUACGUUUACCAUGCCCUGUAUGCCUACUUUGAUCGGGAUAAUGUUGCGCUCAAGGGACUUGCCAAAUUUUUCAAGGAGUCAAGCGAGGAGGAGAGAGAGCAUGCUGAGAAGCUGAUGGAAUAUCAGAACAAACGAGGUGGGAAGGUGAAGCUGCAAUCCAUCCUGAUGCCCCUUUCCGAGUAUGAUCAUGUGGAGAAGGGCGAUGCACUUUAUGCAAUGGAGCUCUCAUUGUCUCUGGAGAAGCUAAAUAAUGAAAAGCUUCUGAAUUUACACGGUGUGGCUGAGCGUAACCAUGAUGUGCAAUUGACAGAUUUUGUUGAAAGUGAAUUCUUGGCUGAACAAGUGGAAGCUAUAAAAAAGAUCUCAGAAUAUGUUGCUCAACUUAGAAGGGUGGGCAAAGGACAUGGAGUUUGGCACUUCGACCAGAUGCUCCUACGUGAGGAAGAAGCAGUGGCAUGAUGAGGUUGCUUUCUCGAUGUGGCCUCGGAGAAGGGUGAUGCGUGCUCCUUUUGUACUCUUAGAUUUUCAAUUGACAUUCUUGGGUGGUUUAUGAAUCGUGUGAUAGUUCUCAUGUUAAAGACAGACAGUGCAGCUUUUUCUUAUGAAACAGUUGAUACGAAUAAAAGAAUUUUCUGUGGUUCUUUGAACAUCUCUGGCCCUUCUUUAUUGGAGAUUUUCAGAGUCAGCACAAGUCUUAAAGACGUGAUAACGAAUUGCACAGACACGUGGGAUUUCGAUUUCCUUCUAAAACAGAGAAUGCAGAGUGUGUUUUCGGUACAGUU